CAACAGGCGGCAUCUGCGAAGCUCAUAUCACACAUUGUCAUCUCCGCCCCCAGUCAGUUCACCCUGUCCCCCCUCGCAAAAUCCAUAAAAUUCUCUCCUCGUUAAAUUUUCUUUCUCACCUACACUUACGGAACUACGCUCUCCCUGAACUUCAUAUUCUCUUCGUUCGACCGAAUUUGCCCGGUAACCAUGUCACAGUCUCUCCGUUUGUUCACUCCUUCCCAGUCACGGUACCUCGCUUUACCUAAACACCCGUACUCGAAACCCUCCCUCUUGAAUUCCGAUUGUUGCAUCCCGAUCGUCGUUCCCAGGCAUUCUAUCUCUAUCAGAGCCUCUUCCGAUCCCAAUUAUUCACCGCCGCAAGUCCUGGUCACAGAGAAUGGCAAGGGAGUGCCAGGGACAACUGGGUUUACGCUCGCGGCAGUUCCAGCGACAGAUUCGUCAAUUGAGGUCGAUACGGUUACUGAGGCGGAGCUGAAGGAGAACGGCUUCAGGAGCACCCGGCGGACUAAGCUAGUAUGCACCAUCGGACCCGCUACCUGCGGCUUCGAGCAGCUGGAGGCGCUGGCUGUUAGUGGCAUGAACGUGGCUCGCAUCAAUAUGUGCCAUGGGACCCGCGAGUGGCACAGACUAGUCAUCCAGCGUGUGCGCAGGCUCAACGAGGAGAAGGGAUACGCCGUCGCCAUCAUGAUGGACACUGAGGGCAGUGAGAUCCACAUGGGCGACCUCGGUGGCGCUUCUUCCGCCAAAGCCGAGGAUGGUGACAUAUGGACGUUUAGUGUUAGGGCGUUUGAUACACCGCUCCCAGAGCACACCAUCUCUGUGAACUAUGAUGGUUUUGCAGAAGAUGUGAGCGUUGGGGAUGAGCUGCUUGUGGAUGGUGGGAUGGUCAGGUUUGAGGUGAUUGAGAAGAUAGGUCCGGAUGUCAAAUGUAGAUGCACUGAUCCAGGACUGAUGCUACCACGGGCUAAUCUGACAUUUUGGAGGGAUGGGAGUCUAGUACGGGAAAGAAAUGCAAUGCUUCCCACCAUUUCUUCCAAGGAUUGGUUGGAUAUUGAUUUUGGGAUUGCAGAGGGUGUUGAUUUUAUUGCGAUAUCAUUUGUAAAGUCUGCUGAAGUGAUUAAUCAUCUCAAAAGCUAUAUAGCUGCUCGGUCUCGUGAUAGUGACAUUGCUGUCAUUGCAAAGAUAGAAAGUGUCGACUCAUUGAAGAACUUGGAAGAGAUCAUUCGAGCAUCAGAUGGAGCUAUGGUGGCGAGAGGUGAUUUGGGUGCUCAGAUACCUCUGGAACAUGUCCCAUAUGCCCAGCAGAAGAUCGUUCAGGUGUGCAGACAGCUAAAUAGGCCAGUUAUUGUUGCCUCUCAGCUACUUGAGUCUAUGAUUGAGUACCCAACACCAACCAGAGCUGAAGUAGCAGAUGUUUCUGAAGCAGUCAGGCAACGAGCAGAUGCCUUGAUGCUCUCUGGAGAGUCAGCCAUGGGGCAGUUCCCAGAGAAGGCAUUGGCGGUUUUGAGAAGUGUCAGUCUAAGAAUUGAGAAGUGGUGGAGAGAAGAGAAACGUCAUGAAUCUAUGGAACUUCAGGAAGUAGGAUCUUCAUUUCGGGACCGUAUUUCAGAAGAAAUUUGCAAUUCUGCUGCCAAAAUGGCUAACAACUUGGAGGUGGAUGCUCUUUUCGUGUACACAAAGACUGGGCACAUGGCAUCGCUUUUGUCGCGUUGCCGACCUGACUGUCCAAUCUUUGCGUUUUCAUCAACGGCAUCUGUGCGGAGGCAUCUGAACCUACAGUGGGGCCUGAUACCUUUCCGUCUGAGCUUCUCAGAUGAUAUGGAAAGUAAUCUUAACAAAACAUUCUCCCUGCUAAAGGCCAGGGGGAUGAUCAAAUCGGGUGACCUUGUCAUUGCUGUCUCAGACAUAUUGCAGUCCAUCCAAGUUAUGAAUGUUCCUUGAGAAAUGGACUUCAAUGGGGAAUUUGGUAUUGCAAUGUUUUUCGACCCUCUUAUAGAUUGUGUUAUUUAGUGACUGCUGCAUCUGAAUUAUCAAUCCAAAAGAAGAUGUGGGAAAAUUUUAUGGUAAGAACAAGGAAUCAUGUCUUCCAUCCUCUCUACCUGUUGACCUUAACCUGGGUCAUUUCUUGAAGCAAUGGAGGAAGGUUUAGUUUGUUCCACUUGAGCAACAGUAACGUUGCCAUAGGUGACCCCACUAUUACAUGUAAUCUGAUUUGGGCCAUUUGGCUUAGAGUGAGGCAAUAUGUAGCUGUAUUAUUCUGCUCUGGCCUUUGGGUGAUAAUACAGUGGACGUUGUAGCAUAUUGUUUUGUGUGGCUUAUCAAUAUGUAUUUCUGUUUCAGGGAAGGAUAAUAAUAGAAAUGAUCAAUCAUUGUUUUGGGGAAAA